AUAAAAUUAAUCCGCCUUCGAAACGGCCGCCAUCUUAAUUUAGAAGCUGGACUAAGGAAGGGGGGUACCUGUUCAAUCUGCCAUCAUCCUUUUAUUCUUCACAUUUUAGACGCUUAUUUCAUAUUUAUCUUAUCCCCCAAGCACUUGUGUGAUGGCAGAUACAGAUAAAUUGAAUAUAGACAGCAUAAUAGCUAGGUUGUUGGAAGUUCGUGGAUCUCGCCCAGGAAAGAAUGUUCAGCUUACUGAAUCUGAAAUAAGGGGGCUGUGUUUGAAGUCCAGAGAAAUCUUCCUCAGUCAGCCAAUUCUUUUAGAAUUAGAAGCUCCAUUGAAGAUCUGUGGUGACAUACACGGACAGUAUUACGACCUUUUGAGGCUCUUCGAGUAUGGAGGAUUUCCCCCAGAGAGCAACUACCUCUUUCUUGGCGACUACGUAGACAGGGGGAAGCAGUCAUUGGAGACAAUAUGUCUCUUGUUGGCAUACAAGAUCAAGUACCCAGAAAACUUCUUCUUGCUUCGAGGAAACCAUGAAUGUGCCAGCAUCAACAGAAUUUAUGGAUUUUAUGAUGAAUGUAAACGACGAUAUAACAUUAAGUUAUGGAAGACAUUUACAGAUUGCUUCAACUGUUUACCUAUUGCAGCCAUCAUUGAUGAAAAGAUUUUCUGUUGUCACGGAGGUUUGAGUCCCGAUUUACAAUCCAUGGAACAGAUCAGGAGGAUCAUGAGGCCGACAGAUGUACCAGAUCAGGGAUUACUGUGCGAUCUUUUGUGGUCUGAUCCUGACAAGGAGACGAUGGGAUGGGGAGAGAAUGAUAGAGGGGUGUCUUUCACAUUUGGGGCAGAAGUAGUGGCCAAAUUUCUACACAAACAUGACUUGGAUCUUAUAUGUCGAGCUCAUCAGGUAGUAGAAGAUGGAUACGAGUUCUUUGCCAAAAGACAACUGGUGACUUUAUUUUCUGCACCAAAUUACUGUGGGGAAUUCGACAAUGCUGGUGCUAUGAUGAGUGUGGAUGAAACUUUAAUGUGCUCAUUCCAGAUAUUGAAACCUGCAGACAAGAAAAAAUUCCCAUAUGGAGGACUAAACGCAGGGAGACCAGUAACACCACCUAGGGGUCAACCGAAAGGGAAAGCAAAAAUAUGAUCAGUAAUGAAUAAGUCUUUUGGAUGGUUAAAAUUGGACACAAAAUUGACGAUGUUCAUUCAUAAAUCAGUCGCAAACAUUAACAGUUUGACUUCUUAAAUUCUCUGGACAUUAAAUGAAUGCCAGUGAAAAAUAUGCUUGUGUUGCGGCUGAUGUGAUUGACUGAAAUGAAGUCCUGCAGACAGUGCAUAUGUUGUCUCUGGGAUGAAGUGGAUCAGAAGAUGUAGAAUGAAGGAGUAUGUAACUUUCGAUUUUUGCCAUGGGGACUCCAUCCUGCACGGACAACAUAAUUAACGUAUUGACAGUGACAUGUAGUAUUGGUGUGUACGAGUCCUGUUGCAUCAUUUAAUGUUGUACAUUUAAAACAUUUUGUUGUAAAUGUUAACUUUUUUAGUCUAGCUCCUGUACAUGUCAACAUGAACUGUGUUCAGAACUGGAGCUUCAAAUAUUUUACCACUUGGUCUGGCUUUCAUAGAUCUAUUAAUAAUCCAGGCAAAAUCAUGAGAUAAUACAAUUUGAUUUAAAUCCAUACAUGUAAAGAUGAAUUGUGUCAAGAUCAAAAUAUUAAUAUCAGUUGAGUGUUAAUCUAAGUGUGUCUGCCUUGUGCAAUUUUGCAUAGCAUUGUUCUGCCUUUAUAGAGCAACAUAUUUCUUUGAACAAUGUAAAUGUAACGUUUGACAUCAGGUCAUAAAACGGUCAUACAGAAGUUGUAGGAAAUGAUGUUGAUGUGAUAUAGCAUGGUGUUACAUCAUAAGCCCUCCCUAUUUAAUUCAUCCUCCGUAGCCUAUAGAGGAUGUCACCAAGUCAAAAAGUGAGAGCUAGUCCCUGUAUAGCUUUAAAUAGGAAUGGUUGAGAAUAAUAAUAACAUGCAGGUACAUGUUGUAGUCUUUCCUUGCAUAUUUCCUGAAUCACCAUUAUGACGCAAAUGACAAAUUAACUCUCAUUGUUCAAUUUAUGUACAUAAGUGUCAUGGUUUGCCGACAUGAGAUUUUAUUCUUAACUUAUCUCAUUUCAUGUAUAUAAUUCUGUAAAUUUGUAUUUUAGUUUUGUCUAAAUUUCUGAUUACUAAAAUAGCACAAAUCAUAUAGGGUGGAAUAUCUGGACCACAAACAUAGAACUAUGAUGUCAUUAAUUAUAGACCUCAGAUUUAUGCUACACAUCGAUAUAUCAACAGGGGAAACACGUGAUACAACACAAAACAAGGUUUUUAAGUCACUAAUAUUUUUUUUCUUUCCUUAAUUUAUGGUGUAAAAUAUGUAGAUGAAAUGUAAACUGAUCAAUGAUCAUGUAAAUCUAAUACAUUAUUUGUUGUAUAGAAAAGAUGAUGACCGAAUAAAAGAUGUUUUGUAAGAAUA